CUUUAUCUUAUCCAGUACCACCUUAAGCUUUAACCAUGUCAGCCUUCGUUGGAAAGUAUGCUGAGGAGCUCAUAAAGAAUGCCAAGUACAUUGCCACUCCCGGGAAGGGCAUAUUGGCAGCUGAUGAGAGCACAGGCACCAUUGGCAAGCGUCUAGCCAGCAUCAAUGUCGAGAACAUCGAGUCCAACCGCCAAGCUCUCCGAGAGCUGCUCUUCACCUCUCCCAAUGCCCUCCCCUACCUCUCUGGUGUCAUUCUCUUUGAAGAGACCCUGUACCAGAAUACCACUGAUGGCAAACCCUUUGUUGAAGUCCUCCAAGAGAAUAAUGUCAUUCCAGGUAUCAAAGUUGACAAGGGCACAGUUGAGUUAGCUGGAACAAAUGGAGAAACCACAACCCAAGGGCUUGACUCCCUUGGAGCUAGGUGUGCACAGUACUACAAGGCCGGUGCGCGCUUUGCAAAGUGGCGUUCAGUGCUCAAGAUCGGCCCAACCGAGCCGUCUGAGCUUUCUAUUCAGCAGAAUGCACAGGGGUUGGCUCGUUAUGCAAUUAUCUGCCAGGAGAAUGGUUUGGUUCCAAUUGUGGAGCCUGAGAUUCUAACUGAUGGGGAUCAUGACAUCAAAAAAUGUGCUGCUGCCACUGAAAUUGUGCUUGCUGCAGUUUACAAGGCACUGAAUGAGCAACAUGUUCUUCUUGAAGGAACACUCCUUAAGCCCAACAUGGUCACACCAGGCUCUGACAGCCCCAAGGUAACACCACAGGUGAUUGCCGAGUACACAGUGACUGCACUGCGCCGCACAGUCCCAGCUGCGGUGCCUGGAAUCGUGUUUCUCUCCGGAGGACAAAGCGAGGAACAGGCAACUCUCAACUUAGAUGCAAUGAACAGGUUGGACGUGCUGAAGCCAUGGACUCUUUCAUUCUCCUUCGGCCGAGCUUUACAGAGCAGCACGCUAAAGACUUGGGCUGGGAAGAAGGAGAAUGUUGGGAAAGCUCAGGAGACAUUCUUGGCAAGGUGCAAGGCCAACUCACACGCGACUCUUGGCAAGUACGGUGGAGAAGGUGCUGGUGGAUUAGCAUCUGAGAGCUUGUUUGUUAAGGGAUACAAGUACUAGUUAGUCCUAAACCUUCACCAUGGGAACUUUGGAAUUAUCAAGUGUAUGAAGCAACCUAAACUUUAUUGUUAAUUUUGUCCAAACGAAAAUCAAACUUGUAAUUUAUUUUCUUGCGUUCUUCAGUUGUUGGUACAUAUUCUAC